CGAUUGGGCUAGCCUAGAGCUCGUAGACCCAUGGCCGACCCAACCCAACCCGCCGCACGGGCUCCGCGGCUGGGUCACCCGAUUUUUUAUAAAUCCGCCGGCCGUCGUCCAAGAAGGAAGAGGAGCAGGGCAAGAGCACCACAGCACACCACAGACCCUCCUCCCUUCUCCCCUCCUCCUCGAUUCCAAUCAUAGGCCGGCUCGAGGUGCCGCCCAGUUCAACGGGGCGCGCAUUCUUUACUACCACUGCUUCCCCUCCUCCCGAAUCAUUGUAUACUCGCAGCGGUUUGGCUCGGCCGCGAUUCUUUAGCAGCUUAAUUUUAUUUUUGUUCUGUCUCUCUGGUAAGGAGGAAAGAAUAGUAGUGGCCUUGUCUCUCCGGCCGGUUGGCCGGUGCAGGUGCGUUAAUGGCGGUUGACCGCCCCGCACCCUCCCCCUCGCGCCUUUAAAUCGGGCGGGAGCCACUGAAAGAGCUUCUGUUCUUGAUCCGCACUCUGUUCUAGUGUUCUUGAUCUGUCCGUCCAUCUUCAGAACCAUCACGAGCAACCUCGCCCGUCUUUUCUAAGCAGUACAAUGGCGCCGGGAGAGAAGACGACGAUCCUGGUGGCGAGGAAGGGCCGGCUGCGGCAGCGCUACGACGGCGAGUACCGCCUCGUGGCGGGCUGCGUGCCGUACCGCGUCGGCGCGGACGGCCAGCCCGAGCUGCUCAUGGUCUCCACGCCCAACAGGGACGACCUCGUCUUCCCCAAGGGCGGGUGGGAGGACGACGAGGACGUACACGAGGCGGCGUGCCGCGAGGCGCUGGAGGAGGCCGGCGUGAAGGGCACCAUCAACAGAACCGCGCUGGGGAUGUGGGUGUUCAGGAGCAAGAGCAGCCCGGUGAGCGGCGACAGCCCCCGGGGCGCCUGCAAGGGCUACAUCUUCGCGCUGGAGGUCGCCGAGGAGCUCGAGCAAUGGCCGGAGCAGGACACGCACGGCAGGCAGUGGGUCUCACCGGCGGACGCGUACCGCCUGUGCCGGUACGACUGGAUGCGCGAGGCGCUGUCGGCGCAGCUUGACCGGCUGGCGGAGGCGAAGCCCGCCGCGCCGGAGCUGGAUGACCACAGCGGCGUGUACAUGAUGGUGAAGGCGGCCGCUGCCACCGCCGACCGAGCGGUGGCUCUCUGCUAGCUGAUCUCAGUGUCAAGCAAUGUCUAGUAGCAAUCAGAAACCGUCUGAUGACUCAAUGAUUCCCGCGUCUUUUUGGUGGUGUUGUUGUACCCUGCAGUUAGUGUUGGGAAUAAACCCAGCCUGUGUGCGUGCAUGGCUGGCGUCUAGCUCAGCGGCGUGUCUGUGCGUGCGCGGGCGGCAAGUUUGGCGGCGCGUGCGUACGUGUGGCUGGUGGGUAGAGUGGCGCAUCGCGUGUGUGCGUGAGCGCAAGCAUCUUGUGCGGUGGCGCGUGUGUAUGCGUAGUCGAUGUGUGUGUGCUGCACGUUAGAGGAGUUAGUCUUAGUUAGUUAUCUAGUCAGUGCAUGGAUAAGUGCUCACCAAUGGAUGGAUGCUGGAGCUGUACGUUGCAGCUAAGGCAUGAAGACGUGGGGCAUCGUAUGCUGCUGAAGAUCAGGAUCCUGGAGAGGAGUGCGUGUGCUGCGCCGUGUGAGAGCGCCGGGUCUUCAGGAUAUGCAUGGCUGCAUGCAUCAGUAGUGGAGCACGUUGUUGCGUGGCUCACGAUCAGUUUGUUACUACUACGUGCGUGUUGGAAGGCUACAUAAGCCAUGUACUGCUCGGCUGUAGAGAGUCGGGUGCUGUGUGUGUUGUAGUGGUUGUUUACCCGGUGUUUGUUGCAUCAAUACAGUAGAGUGCAGCGUAUGCGCGCUGUGGCGUUUGGGUGCUA